CAUCACACAACAAUGUCGUUCGCCUCCGCCUCCUCCCGCGCCCUCCGCCUCUCGGCCUUGGGGCUCCCGGCGCGCGCAGGCGCUACCCGCUUGCCCGCCAUGCGCGCGUUCGCGACCUCGCGCCCCGCCCGCGCAUCCGAGGACCCCACCCCCAACCCCAUGAUGGACCCGCGUAUCCAGGACUUUGCGCGGAAGGUCCACGAUCACGAGGGCGCGCGCGCCGCCAUGACGCGCUUGGGGGACCUGAUGAAGGAGAAGGGCAUCGAUCUCUCCCAGCCCCCAUCGGCCAUGACGAUGCUCAAGCUCGGCAUGGACAAGGACGUGCGCGAGGCCGGCCAGAAGCUCAUGGAGGAGCUCAAGAACGCCGGUAUCGAGAUCACGCCCGAAACAGCAUCGCAGAUCUUCAGCAAGUUCCCCAAGGAGUAGCGUUGCAUGCAUGUACAUAGUCGUCGUGAA